GCCUGUAAGAUGGUGAGGUGGCUGUCGGCCAAGCUGGGCCCUACCGUCACGUCCCGCUUCAUCGCCAGGAACCUGCUCCGUCUCCUCACCUCCUGCUACAUUGGCCCCACCAGGCAGCAGUUUGUACCGAGCAGCGACGAGAACAGUCCCCUGAGUAUGGGAAACAUCUACCAGAAACGGCCGGUGCUGGGAGAUCAGGUGUCCAGGCCGGUGCUGGCCUGUCUGGUGCACGUGGCGUACCUGUACGGAGAGCCCGUCCUCACCUACCAGUACCUGCCCUACAUCAGCUACCUGGUUGCGCCCAGCAGUGGGGCCGGCGGUGGCCGCUUGAACAGUCGGAAGGAAGCCGGGCUGCUGGCUGCAGUGACGCUGACCCAGAAGAUCGUGGUGUGUCUCUCGGACACCACGCUCAUGGACAUCCUCCCCAAAAUCAGCCAGGAGGUGCUGCUCCCGGUGCUGGGCUUCCUCACUUCUCUAGCCAUCGGGUUCCCCAGUGGUGCCCAGGCCCGUAUCGUCCUGUGCGUUAAGACAAUCAGCCUAAUUGCCUUGAUCUGCCUGCGGAUUGGGCAGGAGAUGGUGCAGCAGCAUUUGAGCGACACGGUGAGAAACUUCUUUGGGGCGUUCUCGCUGCUGCAGGAGCUGCAGGACCAGGGCUUGACAGCAGAGUCACUGAGCAGCUGUGAGAUGCCGGUGAUGGAGGUGCCCCUCUCAGAUGGGAAGCUGCUGGCGCUGGAUCCGGCCGUGCUGAUGGAGUUACAGAAGGUGUUUAACCCCGAGAUGGCCUACAUCACCUACAUCCCCUUCUCCUGCUUGCUUGGUGACGUUAUCCGGACGGUUGUGCCCAACCACUCGCUGGUGGAGAAGCUGGCCAGCGUCUACCUGGAGAACAUGAGCCCAAAGAGCCUGCAGGCCAUAAGCCUGGAACAAGCACCGAGCGCGACAGGCUCGGACCAAGACACGCGAGGGACCGAGCCCUUCUCCAGCCACCAUGAGGACAGCCACUCCGGCACUUUUGGGAGCGUGCUGGUCGGGAACCGCAUCCAGGUCCCUGUGGACACGCAGCGCGAGGGUCUUGGCUUGCUUCGCCUCAGUGCUGGCACUGAUGGCUUUAUUCCCAGCUCAUCCAGCGAGGAGAAUGCCCUGAAGCACGACCUUCCUCGCAGCACCCACAUGCUGUGCGGGAACUGGCUGGCCUACUGGCAGUACGAGAUCGGGGUGAGCCAGCACGACCCCCGCUUCCACUUCCACCAGAUCAAGCUGCAGAGUUUCUCAGGGCAUUCGGGGGCCAUCAAGUGCGUGGCACCGCUCAGCAGCGAGGACUUCUUCCUCAGUGGCAGCAAGGACAAAACUGUCCGUCUCUGGCCCCUGUACAACUACGGGGACGGCACCAGUGAGGUGCCGCCGCGCUUCACCUACGCCGAGCACAAGAAGUCGGUUUUCUACGUGAGCCAGCUGGAGGCAUCGCAGCACGUGGUGAGCUGUGAUGGGACCGUACACAUCUGGGACCAGUUCACAGGCAAACUCCUCCGGACUUUUGACGAAUUAGACAGCAAAGUCCCCGUCACGGCUGUGACCACCAUGCCACCUCCCUAUCACAGCAUCUCCGUGGCCAGCGCAGACUCCGUGCUGCGGUUCAUCGAUCACAGGAAGCCAGGACUACAGCACGAGUUUCGGCUGGCCAGCGGGGUGAGUGCUGGGCUCAUCCGCUGCUUGGCUGUCAGUCCUAACGGGCGCAGCGUUAUGGCUGGCUUCUCCUCCGGCUUCAUUGUGCUGCUGGACACCAGGACAGGACUCAUCAUGCGGGGGUGGCCAGCCCAUGAGGGGGACAUUCUGCAGAUCAAGGCUGCAGAGGGCAAUGUGCUCAUCAGCUCCUCUUCGGAUCAUUCCCUGACUGUGUGGAAGGAACUGGAGCAGAAACCUUUGCACCACUACAAAUCUGCAUCCGAACCCAUCCACGCAUUUGACCUCUACGGCAAUGAAGUGGUCACUGGCACGGUGGCCAACAAAAUUGGCGUCUACUCCAUGCUGGAGUCCUCGGCCCUGCCCAUCAGCACGACCAAGCUGAGCUCGGAGAACUUUCGGGGUACGCUGACCAGCCUGGCGGUGCUGCCCACGAAAUGCCAUCUCCUGCUGGGCUCGGACAACGGCGUCAUUCGCCUCCUGGCAUAGCGACCCCCGGCUCAAGGGCUUGUGGCUGUCCCACAGCGUCAAUGGUAGAGCCGAAAGCCGGCGGCAUCGCUUGUGGAGGAGGCAGAGUUAAAGGUUUCUGAGCAGAGGAUGCAGGGGGGAGGUGUACUUGUUAGUGAGCACUCGGUGAGGCAUCUCUAACCUCUUUCUGUAUCUUUAGAAA